AUGGCCGACGAGGAUAAAUGCCGAAGUUCUGCCCUAGCCGAAGUAUACAGCUACUUUGAAAGUGCCUACCAACAAAUCCUGACGAUAUGUGUUCCAGAAUAUUUAUUCCGACUAGAUCAGUUGCGUAGUGUGGUCACUUCUGGUAAUUUAACUCCUUCCGUACCCAUGUUUGAACGAAAAUCCGAACUGGCUGAGUUAAGCAAACAACAGCAGAAUUUUUACGCACAAGUAGUGGAUGCUGACGACAUACUCAUUGAAACU